GGCUUAAUGUGACCUCAUCACUACUACAAGGAGACUCUCUGACGCCACACAUGCGAUUUGAAAAAGGGCUUUCGCUCUCCAGCUCUCCAGCUCCCCAGACCCAGAAAUGCGUUCUUGGGUGACAGUAACUACCGUAUACUUCCUAUGCUCCAGCAUCAGAAGUACUCUCCGGCAUUCAAAAAGGCCACAGAAGCAACAGCAGACCUCGGGUUGGGAGACAUUCAAUACAGAAACGAAAUACAACUACAACGAGGAAAUCAUAUCAGUAAUGUCAAGCCAUGCUGAAGAGAUGAAACAUAUCGGCCAACAUUUGAAUUUCAUACCACCUUUUGGCAACCACAACUCCCGAAUUGGAAUAAUUUAUGAGUACGGGUCUGUCAAUAAAGCUUCUUCAAUGAACUUACCCUCUGCUUACAGGGCGAAAUUUUAUGGGGACCCGACGUCAAGAUCUUUAUUGUCACCAUUUACCAUUGCCGGUGCGCACGGCAGCUAUUAAUAAAAUUAAUAGAGAAGCUGGCUUCAAUGUGUUCUCGGAGAUCAGACCUAACAGGAAGAAGUGUCAUACGAAAUUCCCAACCGACAGUCCAGCCCUGAUGAUUGAAUAGUUUAUUUCUUAUCUCUUUCUCUUCCGGAAAACAGCAACCCACGGUGCCAUAGUCUAG